AUGCAACGAGAGCGCGAACAAAAACAACGCGAGGAACGUGAAAGGAUCAAAGCACAGAUUAAAGCAGAUCGGGAGGAGAGGCGGAUGUUGGAUGAAAUGAGGAAGCAUGGUCAAUCGCCGGAAACCCUGGGUUCUUCAACUGCUUCUUCGCAUGCCAAAUCAAAAACGUCAAUAUUGCACGCUCGAGGGGAUGUGAGAGUCCAAGUCCGCACAUUCGACGGUUCGACCUUGCGCAAUACAUUCCCUUCAAGCGCAACCAUCACAAAAGAAAUCCGUCCCUGGAUUGACUCGGCCAGCUCGACUGCUUCACCCGCCAGGACAAGUGGCGUGCCAUACAAUCUCAAACUCAUCCUGACACCCCUUCCGAACCGCACAAUUGAAGCGGGAGAAGAAGACACUGAACUCUCCGACCUGGGUAUCACGGGGAGCUGUACCUUCGUCAUGGUCCCGGUGCAAGGGUAUGUUGACUCGUACGCUUCCGGCGGAUUGGCUCUGGGAGGCGGGCUACUCGGGGGUGUUGUGAGUGGAGGGUACAACCUCGUCAGUGGAACGGCAGGGAUGGUCUUUGGUGGUGUACGGUCACUGCUUGGGUAUGGGUCGGGCGAUGCGGAACAGACGACGCCUACGGGCAGCGGACGUGGGAACGCAGAUCAGCCUCCUGGUGCUGGUGCUGGUUCUGCGGCGGGGAAUAACGUCCGGAUUCGCACACUCGCUGACCAGCGCGCCGCAGAUGCUGCAGGAAAGAGGAACCAGCAGUUUUACAAUGGGAACCAGCUGAAUUUCCAGCCCAACGACGAGGACCAGAAGAAAGAUUGA